AUGAAGCCUGCCUGGGCUACGGCCGUGGAGCAGGCAUUGAAGAAAGAUGCUCCGGCAUUGGAGAGAUGGACGGAGAUCGAAACUAUCCUGCAGGAGAGCAGGAAGUGCUACAGGCAGGGGCUGCGGCCGGGUCAAGUCCUGGUGCACCCGUCGAAUCGCUCAGGGUUAGGAUUGAAUGGAGCCCAAGUUCACAAGACAGGGGCCCAAGUGCAAUCUGUAGGCUUCAGCUCCAUGGAGCUGAAGCGAAGUGUUUGCAUGGAAAUAUCCACGGAUAGAGCUCUGAGCCAAAAGGCCUUUAGUUUCAACAAGCGGCAAGUGGAUAUGAAUGGAGGGCUGCUAGCUGAGGUGCGAGGCGAUGAGCGAUACAUGUCGUUAGCAUGCAGUCACUUUACGGCAUUUUGCCGUGCCUGCAUUGCAGCAUGUCCCUCGGACCAAGAGACGGUGUCGGACAACGGCAAGCUCACGUUGCAGCGAUUGUCUACGGACUUUCGGCAGGCCGUGGAUAAUGGAUGGGAGUGGCUGGUGCUGUCAGCGGAAGUUGAUGCCGUACUGCCCUCGCUGGCCUCCUUCGUUCAGGAAGUCAUGAAUGCAGCCCAAGGAGUUGCAAGAACGGCAGGCGAGCUGGAGCUCGCCAUGGCGAUGGUGACCCGAGCAAAGUUGCUGGCAGAGCAAGGUUUGUGCAUCGACUGGGAUGUUGUGCAAGCUGAUGUAGCAGCCACGGUGCCGGAUGCCUCGCCACAGACCGUGGCCGCUUGCGGGUUGUUCUGCAGAUUCUAUGCAGGAGGAACCGAAGCACCUCUGCUGAAGUUUUUGCACGACUUUUCCUUGAAAUAUGGGGCAAGCAAAAGAUUGGGAGAGGAAUUCAUGUCCACGGUCGCCGGCCUCCGGUUUGCAGGGCAGGAGCGAUCGCAUGCUUUCGCAAGGGCUGCGAUGAUCGCGACGAACCUGACAGCCACAAAAGUGGUAGACGGUGUGGCUCGGCUGCUGAGCAAGAGCGAUGUCAGCAGGCUCUGUGCGAAAGGCAUGGAAGAUGCUGUAAAGGAUUGGGAGGAGCUUCUUGCUCGUGCCUGGGCUCACACUCAGAAUGUGACGGAUGCAAGUGCACGUGCCAAGGCAGUUGAGUGCUUCGGUCGCCUGAUGGUUCGCAGCACCCUCUUCAUGUGCAAGAAAGAGAAGUCGGGGCAAGAAGGCCUUGAGCACGGGUCCUUGGCCAAUUUGCUGACUUUGUACGAACACGAGAUGGGUGGCAAGAGUGCCGGUGCAACACCGGCUGCUGCUACAAAAGAUGGGCCGUCUGAUGCGGCCCCUGCGACCUUGGAGAACAUGCAGGACCCGGCCUUCCUGAUGAAGCUGCAAGGCUUCGCAGAGGGGAACCUGUACAAAGGCAAGCAGAAGUAUCAGGACAUCUGGCCUUGGAAGCUGGAGAAAAUCGGCCAGAGCCACGGCUCUUUCUCGCUGUCUUGCCCAGUGAGGUGGGACAAGGAGGUCGAGGUGCUUCUGAGCGAGCUCAAGAAAUUUUUCGAUCUGUAUAGCGGAGAUGCACCCGAAGUGGUGUCUGACUCUGUGGACCGACUGCCCCAUAAUACGGAGGCUUGCAGCCAAGAGAGACUCCGAGGAGAGCUCUUCGAGCUCUGCUGCGAGUAUUUCCUGAAGUACUCGCACUGUGAAGAGGAGUUGACCUUUUUGAAGAAUCCCACGUGCUGUCUGUUGGAGGGCAAAGCCAAGACAGGCAAGCUGACGAUCUUCCCCUUCACGGAUCAGAUUUCAAAGAUUGGCUUAAAGCCGGCAGCUGGCAGUGUGGAGGUUUGGCAUUCGGCCUCGGGCACAAGCUUGUAUAUUUCACCCCCGGCUGCAGCCGGAAGUUUGCUAUCUGCCUUCUGGCAGAUCCCGGUCGGCUCAGAGCCGAAUCUGGCGACAGUCCUUCUCAACGAGAAGGGCUGGAAGAUUCCCAUUUUGAAGAACACUGCUUCGCUGAAGGAGUGCAUCCUGUACAGGCCGAAGCCUGCCGAAAGUUUGAGGGCCUCGGCCCAAGAGCUGGAUCAAGGAUCCGCUGCCUCGCGAAAGCGAAAGGCUUCUUGA